GAUAGACGUUAAGUUACGGAAUCCGACAAUGGCGAUGAUGAAUCUUCCUAAAAGUGAAGGUUCUCCCGAGGAAAUACCGCAGAAACCACCGACGUUUUUGAAUACGGUGAAGGCAGUGGUUUUUAAGAAUUUGUUCCCUAUAAGCUUGGUCUUUUUCGUAGCUUUAGGAAUUUUGGCUCCAGAACCUGGUGUCUUCUUCAGCAAAUUACCGACCCACUACGUCUGUGUCAUAGGUAUCUUCCUUCACAGUGGACUCAAACUUAAAACAGGGGAAGUGACAGACGCCUUUAAAGCAUUCAAGGCUCUGAUCUGGGGUGUUAUUUGUAUUUUGUUGAUUACGCCGAUUGUUGGUGGGCAUUUAACUGGAUUGUUACCAUUCACUGUCACAAAGAGUCAUGCUACGAAAGACCGCUCUGACAUAAAUGGAAGUAAUUCUUGGAAUGGAACUUCCUUGUCCCCUGAGGAAAACCCAGAGGGUAGUUCAAUACUUGGUCCAUUUUUUUUUCAAAUAGGAAUGCAGAUUUAUUUCAUUGUGCCGUGUACGAUCUCAUCCGGCGUUAUCUUGGUAAGUUCAAAACUUGUUAUAGAGUGA